AUGGGGAUCUGGGUGCUGGCGCUGCCUGGCAGCGCGUGGAUUGGCUCCAGCGCGGCCCGCGAUGCGUUGGUGGGGGAGCUAUAUGAGGCGUACUUCGGCUUCUUUGCGCCUGCAUCCAUCCUGCUCAAGUACAACGCGCUGGGCCCCACCACGGGGCUUACACACGCGCUGCCUGGAGCUGUCUGGGCGCUCCUGGCGCCACUGCAGUUGAGUCCAGAGGCGCGGGCCGCUGCAGGCGGGGCUGUGCACCGGAUCGUGGGCCGCGUCAUGCUGGUUGCUGCCGCGGUGCUCAUGGUGGGAUACGCCAUCAUCGAUACCAACAAGUUGUACGCCGAUCUGGUCGACUUCGCAGGCCACGGCGGCGGCCUGGCUGAGGCCGCGGACGGGUUCAACGCAGGCCAUCUGGGGGGCAUCCUGCCCCCCUUUAACCUCGGUGGCGUGCACGUCCUGGCCGCCUGGUUCAUCUUCAGCGGGGUGCAGACAUUCCGCACUGCAACCUCGCGGCCUCGCGAUCUCUCUGCGCACCGCUGUUGGGCGCUGCGGCACCUUGCUGCGGGGCUCUGGGUGGCGGCGCAGAGGCCGCUCUUUGCUGCCGCGAGAGUCGCACAGGGCUUAGCCUUCGGCGUCGAGGCUAUAGCCUCCGACCCGGCUGCACAGGCCGAUGCUUUCUAUUAUUGUGCGUAUCUCACCACAGCAGCAUAUGCCCUCGCUGCCGAGUGGGCGAUUGGGCACAGUGAACAACUGGAGGUGCCGCUCGAUCCCGACGGCCCACCUAAGGUCAGCAUGCCGCCAGCUGACACGUCUCCAGGGGGAUCUGAGAGAUUGCGCUGA